GGGAAAAAAAUCUGGUUUCUGGUGCUCACCUGGAACUUACAGGUGAGCACCAGAAACCAGAUUUUUAAAACACCAGUUUUAAAAAUGAGUCAGAGUGAGACAUCACCCUCUGGUGUUUACUCUCCACUUCUCUCUGGAACCAGCGGCGCUUAGGCGCAUGUGCAGAGUGAGUCAUCUUUGUGCAGCGACGAUCUUUGAGAUCCCCAGCAACAUCAUCAUCUUCAUCAUCGUCACCAGUCGCUGCUGGAGCAGCAGCGGAGACUGCAGGAUCAUCACACAUUUACCCCGCUCCUUCACUCACUUCAGUCCGGGAACCAGAGUCCGGGAACCAGAGUCCGGGAACCAGAGUCCGGGAACCAGAGUCCGGGAUCCUCAGACCCAGUUUUGUGACCUGCGGUGUUUUUGUUUCUCCUCCUGGAGGUGUGUGUCUUCACCUUUAAGCAUGAUGGGAGAUGACAGAUGGAUGGGGAGUCGGCUGUGGUCCAGACAGUGACACACACACACAGACACACACACAAGCACACACACACACACACACACACACACACACACCAACAUGGACCAAGGCUUCAGUUUAAACUCUCUGAAGAAGCUGGCAGCGGAGCCUGACUACACUGACGUGUCACUGACAGCAUCGGUGCGAGUUCGGGCCCUGGCGAAGAUGGGCUUCAACGUGGAGAUGAACGAGGACAUCGCUCCUCGGCGCUACUUUCGCUCCGGCGUGGAGAUGGAGCGGAUGGCGGCAGUUUACCUGGAGGAGGGCAGUCUGGAGAACGCCUACGUCCUUUACAACAAGUUCAUCACUCUCUUUGUGGAAAAACUGCCGAAGCACAGAGACUACCAUCAGUGCAGCAUCCCCGAAAAACAGCUGAUCAUGAAGAAACUCCAGGAGGAGGCGUUUCCUCGUAAAGAAGAGUUGAAGAAACGUCUGGAGGAGAAGUACAGCAGAGAACACAGCGAGUACCUCAGAGCUCAGAGCCAGGCGCUGCUGGUCGACGGCUGCGGCCAGCAGCUGCAGCGCAUGUCGCUACUGGACGAGGACAGGAGGCGCUUCGUGCUGCUGGAGGGUGAGAGGCAGCGCGUCGCCGCUCUGCGACAGAUGCAGAUUGAAUCAGAACAGUUUCGAUAUUUUGAGGACCAGCUGAGACGUCAAGAACUGGCCAAUAGGAGAGGACAAGUGGAGCAAAUGGUGGAGAGUAUAGAGCCUAAGACUACAGAUGGGACUGACCGCUCUCAGAGGCCAAUCAGAGACAGCGUAGGACCCCAGGAGGCGGGUCCAAACAGGAAGAGGCCUCCUGUGUCUGUUAGCCAACCAGCUGCCACACUUGCUGCAGUACACACUCACAGAGUGGAAGGUCUGAGGCGGGUGGUGAUUCCCAGAGAUCUGACCUAUCGCUUUCUCCUAUUGGCUGAGGCCAACACGGCCAGAGGAAUCGAGACCUGCGGCAUUCUCUGUGGACGACUGACACACAACGAGUUCGUACUGACGCACAUCGUGAUCCCAAAACAGUCGUCUGGUCCUGAUUUCUGUGACAUGGAGAACGUGGAAGAACUGUUCAGUUUCCAGGACCAACAGAACCUGUUAACACUGGGCUGGAUCCAUACUCAUCCAACUCAGACGGCCUUCCUGUCCAGCGUGGACCUCCACACCCACUGUUCGUACCAGCUGAUGCUGCCUGAGGCCAUUGCCAUCGUCUGCGCUCCGAAACACAACGACACCGGCGUCUUCAGGCUAAGUGGUCCAGGAAUGUCCGAGGUUUCCGGCUGCAGACUCAAAGGUUUUCACCCCCACUCCAAGGAUCCUUCGCUGUCAGUCAAUGCUGUGCUUCAGUAAACACACCUGGGUUUGUGCUAACCUUAGCGAAGCUAGGCUAACCAUGUGAUCUGUCUCAUCUCCUCAGGUGUGUAAACAUGUGGUUGUCAGGGAGUCCAAAGUCAUCCUGCUGGACCUCAGGUGACAGACAGGGAGCGCUGUGACACAGUCAGUGCCUUCUCUCAAGGAAAAUCCCGUUGGAUUGGAGCUAAUUUGAAGACAGUUCAAAAAGUCAUUCAGGUUUUUAGUAAACUUAUCUUGAACUCAAGAUGGAGGACAGAGUGUUCAGCUCUGGCCUCUGAUUGGUGGAAGCAGAGCACGCCUACAGUCUCAGGACUAUGACAUCAUCAUUUUCAGUCAGACUGGAGCCUUUACACGAUGACAUGCAUCAUUUAUGUCCUGUGACAUCAUCAAAAGUCGGCGAUUCUUUCACUUUUACAAGUCAACAGAGAAUUUUAAAGUUUUAAAGUCUAAAAAGAUGAAACUGUUGUUCGUCUGUAGUUAAUACUGACUUUGGACUGAAUAAAGACAGACUGUCACGGUG